UUGAGCAUGUUUGCUGUACGGGCAGGAGCUAAGCAUGUUUAUGGAGUGGAUUGUUCUAAUAUUAUUAAUCAAGCUCGUGACAUUAUUCGUGACAAUGGGAUGACCGAUCGGGUUACGUUAAUAAAAGGGAAAAUGGAAGAGAUUGAGCUACCAAUCAAACAUGUUGAUGUAAUCGUGUCUGAAUGGAUGGGAUACUGCCUCUUUUAUGAGAGCAUGCUAGACACUGUUAUAUUUGCUAGGGACAAGUUCCUGAAACCUGGUGGAUUGCUGUUUCCUGACAGAGCAUCACUUUAUGUGACAGCCAUUGAAGACAGGAAGUAUAAAGAUGAUAAGAUAUACUGGUGGGAAUCAGUUUAUGGUUUUAACAUGAGCAGCAUUAGGGACAUUGCACUGAAGGAGCCAUUGGUUGAUGUAGUGGACAAUAGACAGGUUUGCUGUGAUCACUGUCUUGUGAAAGAGAUUGAUCUUAACACAGUCAAAUCUGAAGAUUUAUCAUUUUCAUCUCCGUACAUAUUGACAGCAACCCAUAACGAUUAUCUUGAUGCUCUGGUAGCCUAUUUUACUGUGGACUUCACCAAAUGUCACAAACGUACCACCAUUACCACCUCCCCUGCCGCUCGCUAUACUCACUGGAAACAGACUGUCUUAUAUAUCGAGGACUGCCUCACUGUUAAAAUGGGAGAGCAAUUGUCUGGUACAAUUACUGUUGGAAAGAACCCCAAAAAUAAGGUAAUUAUGGGGGUGUGGUCAAUGACUAUCUAAUUA